AUGGACUGUCCAGUCACUACUGAUGGUGACUAUAUCAACUCUCAUGUGACAGGGUAUCCGACCGACGAGGACGAUGGUGGACGAGUCGGAGGGCUCGCCUCCAUGCCUGUCACCAACGGCGUGCGGUACCACACGCAGCAGCCUCCAAUGCAGGACUUACAUUACCCUGGCUCAGCUGCACUUGCCAUGACCCCUCCAGAUUCCUGCUCCGAUUCUUUCUCUCCAACUUCUGGCCCUCUUUUCCCACAUUUAUCACAGCAUCAGCAUACAUUUGAUCGGAUGCCAGAUUUUAGACGGCCAGCUCUCCAACCUCCUCCGUGUAUGUCGUCUACAAUGCAAGCGGCACCUCAUAUGGGCUCUAUACCAGCUUUGGGUGGAAGGAAUCACCCGUAUUCUUCUUCGUACGCUCUUCAUCGAAGUAUGGGCCUCCCUCUGACUGGAGUCAAUGAUGUUUCUCGUGCCAAUCCAUAUGCCAGUGCUCCUCGAGCUCUAGACAGCGUCUUGGAAAGAUCCCAAGCGGCUAUUUUCCAGCAACCAAUAGUCGAAUCCACACAACGAUCUCAAGCACAGGAUGCCCCACCCUUUGAGGAUACACACAUCGUCCAUUCUAUUGUUGCUGACUUUGGAGGCACUCAGCAAACCGUCAAGCCCGAGGUUCAAGCCAAGAUCGGCAGGGGCUUUUUUGCUUCAGAUAACAAGUGGACUUGCUAUCGACGCAAUUAUUUCGCCGUAACUUGCAGCUUCAGUCUUCAUCCGUGGCCCUCCACUGUUCCACUCUACAUUAGCUACAGUGAUCAGACUCUAAGGCCGAUUCGAGGCUUUGCGAUGUCAAUUUCUGCAAUUGUCAAUGGGCAGUACAAUGAUACGCGAGAGCUUGUUCAGCAUACCCCCAAGAGAGAUAAGCAGUCUGAGCGUAAACCCGGUCGAGUGGCUCUUCAACCUACACCACCACCAUCACUUGCUGCUGGUACAACGUCAAACGGAACCCAUUCAAACUUUCCAUUGGGGUCUCAAUCCUUGGACUAUAAUUCUUCAUUUACAGAAGCUCCUCAGCCCUACAGACCUCCUACCUCACACAUGUUUGAGCGAAUCCAGUUCCAAAAGGCAACAGCUAACAAUGGCAAGCGUCGCGCUCAACAACAGUACUAUAACUUGGUGGUGGAGCUUCAGGCUGAGAUAUCCGGUGGGCCAGGUGAAGAAUCAGGGUGGAUCCAGGUUGCCCGCCGACACUCCUCAAGAAUGGUAGUGCGAGGCCGCUCCCCAGGCCAUUACAAGGAUGGACGGCGCGACAGUAAUACGAGCAUGGGUCCAGAUGGCAACAGUGGGGAUGGCACUGGGGGAGGUAUUCCUCAUGGACUGGGGCACACAUCUCGCUCACACAUGCUUUUGUAUGACUCUGCCCACCGAAGCGCAGUACCAUAUGGGAGAGCAGAUUAUCGCCAGAUGACCACAGCAGAGCAUUCACCUAUUAGUGACAGCCCCCUUGUGUCCUCGUCUUCGUCUUCAGGCUUUGACUAUUCCAUGAUUCACGAUACUAUGGAUCCGAUGGAUACGCUGAAGACUGAUCCAUAUCAGGACUCUGUCUUCACAGGAGUCCCUAGCCAUCAUCACCGCCCCAGCACGAGCGGUUAUGAUCCUGUCUACUCAACGUAUGGCCGUUACGACCCUAUUCAAAAUACCCACAGCCUAUGCACUUAG